AUGUCGCGUCCCUACACACCCCGGGGGACAUCUCCCGACUCGGGAUUGACGCCCCCGAAUAAUCCCUUCGGCUCAAACCCGUUUGACACCGAUAAUGAGACAAGCGCGGCCCCUUCGCUCGCCAGCGACUCGACCUUCACCGUGAAUGCCAUCGGACACGCGUCCCCGUACGACUCUCACUCGGCUGAUAGAUCAGCUCAGAGGCUGAGCUGGACCGACUCCUCCAACCACCGCCUGAGCAGACCCGAGAUUGAGUCUUCACCUCUGGCCAGAGAAGCCCCGGUCUACAAUGAAAAGGGCCGCCAGAAUUCUCCUUCUGACACAGACAUUGAGGCCAGUCAUGUCCCGCCUGUGGUUUCCGACCCCGAAAAGGCAAAGGAGACGCAUACGACGGCCCUCCCGCCCUCGUCAGGCGCGUCGUUCCCCAAGCGGCUGUACAACCGCUUUCGCGCAACGUACUGCCCGAAAGAAGAGCCGCCUCUCGUCCUGCCCGUCUGCCCGAAUGAUACGGAGAAGCUGAACUACGUUCACACGAACCGAAUCCUCCUCUACAUCUUUGGUGUCUUCUCGUUCCUCUCGCUCGGCGCUGGUAUGUGGCUGUUUGCGCUCUCGGCUCCGGCAUUCUACUGGUAUGGCGUGUUUGCGGGUGCCAUGUGCAUUUAUCUCCUGGUCUCGUACGCUGUCGGCAUCAUCGGAAGAGACUGGGACUACAAGGCUCAUCUGGACCUGGUUGAGCGCUUCCCCAUCACGGAGGAGAACGCGCCGACCGUCGACAUCUUCCUGCCCUGCUGUUCCGAGCCGGUCGAGAUUCUCGAAAACACAUACAAGCACAUCGUCAACAUUGAUUGGCCCGCCUCCAAGCUCCAGGUCCAUGUCAUGGACGACGGUGCUUCGGAGCCUGUCCGCCUGCUUGCCGAGAAGUACGGCUUCAACUACUCGGUCCGCGACGACCGCCCUCGCCUCCGAAAGGCCGGCAACCUGAGAUGGACUUUUGCCCAGACCAACGGGGACUUCUUUGCUAUCUUCGACGCCGACUUUUGCCCGCGACUCGACUUCCUCAAGGAGCUGAUGGUGGAGCACCUGGGUGACGAUAAGACGGCCCUCGUCCAGAGCCCCCAGUACUUCCGCGUUACCGACGACCAGACGUGGGUUGAGCAGGGCGCCGGUGCAACGCAGGAGCUGUUCUACCGAGUCGUCCAGGUCAACCGCAACAGAUGGGGAGCGUCCAUCUGCGUCGGAAGCAACGCCCUGUACCGGCGCGAGUCUCUCGUUGAUGUCGGUGGAACGGCCGAGAUUGGCUUCUCCGAGGAUGUCCACACAGGAUUCGGCGCAGUUGACCGCGGCUGGAAGGUCAAGUACAUCCCUCUCUGUCUCGCCACCGGUGUCUGUCCCAACUCCCCUCGCGCCUUUUUCUCCCAGCAGAUGCGUUGGGCUCGUGGCUCUACGACUCUGCUCACCAACGGUCACUUUUGGGUAUCCAACCUUACCUUGAUGCAGAAGAUCUGCUACCUUUCAGGCUUCAUGUAUUACAUGGCCGUUUCUCUCAACAUCUUCCUCGCCCCCAUUGCUGGUACUCUCCUGCUUGCCGUUCGCCCCGAAUGGUUCAAGUUCUGGAACCUGGCAUUUGCCAUCCCUUCCAUUCUGUACGGCGUCAUUCUGAUGCGCUGCUGGGCCAAGGCCAAGUAUGGCUUCAAUGUCCAACACGCCAUGACCAUUAUGAGCUACGCCUACCUCACCGCCAUCAAAGAUCGUCUCUUCAACAUUGAGCUUCUCUGGGCCGCUUCCGGCGACUCCAAAGCUCACAAGAGCAACAAGUACCGCAACAUGCGUCUUCUCUGCAUUUUCUGGAAUCUCAUCGUCACCGGUGCCAUGAUCGGCGUCGUCACAUGGCGCCUCGUGGCUGGAUUUACGUGGUACCACCCCCUCCCGCUCAUCAUCAUCAACGUCUACAACCUCUUCAUCAACCACUACUUUAUGUUGUGCGACUGGUAG